UUCCACGACUGAAGCCAUCCGAUGCGGCGUGACAACCGAUGAUGAUCUCGUCGUCGUGAUCCAUUAACGGAAGCUACCUCAUGACUUCCUCUGGCCUUUGGAAGGAAGAAAACAGAAACCCAAUUCAAAUCGCCGAUCGGUGUGGCGACGACGCCACGCGUUAACGUCCUCGUUGGGUUCCCCAUACGACUCGCCGUUGUCCCGCUCGAAGAUGAUACGCAGCCGACACGUGCCCGUUGCCCACUGGCUGUCGACCGUUAAUUACCCGCCCAAGAUUCCGUUUCACAUGCCGCCGCCUCUGUUAUAAAUCCACCCGAUCUCCUGACGCCUUCUCACAACGAGCGCAAUGUAUGCUUCCUCCGUCUCCGCCCCAUCCCACCACCCUUCGUCGUUCCCGGCCCGACUUCCGAGCCGGCAGGCCGGACCGGGGGUUCCAAACUGGCCGAGUUCGAUCCGAUCCGCCGCAUCGAGGAGACGCGCCUGCUGUUGGCAGUACAGCGGCGGCGGGCUGGUGGACCGGAGCAUGAUCGUGCUGAGGAAGAGGAUCCACGAGAUGAAGAUGGCGGAGAGCAAUUACGAGGCGCCGUCGGGAUGGAUGGACUGGGAGAAGAGGUACUACACCAGCUACCACGCCGACGUGUGCGAGAUCCUGUGCUUGUUGCAGACGCUGCUGAUGGGCACACGGCCGGGCGUGGCCAUCGGGAUGAUGGCCGUCCUCGUGUUGAGCGUGCCCACUUCUGCCAUGUUUAUAUCCUUCCAUCUGAUCGCGGCCGCGAACUCGAUCCUCGCCGGAACGCACCUCGGUUGAUCGAGGUUUUCGUGUUCCAUCUGUGUACUACCGAGUCUUCGUUUGACAAUUCUGUAGCAUAUUUUUAUUGUUUCAUCGUGCCAUGGAUACGAUCGAAUGCUUCAGCAAAUGCUAAUCGGUGGUCUCCCAACAACUAUUGCGGUGGCGCACACAGUUUCGACUGCAUCGGCUGUCUGUUUAUUUGGCUCUCGAGCGGCGCCGUAGCAUUCUUUAUCAUUAAAUCAUGUGCAAAAGACCACCUUCAUUUACGAAUGCAAGGUUGUCAGACUUGUGGAUCGACAUAUAUGCCAAUCACUGCUCUAAGUUUAACAUGAGAACGCAUAAACUCGAGCUUUCUCUCGCUAGAUGUCCAUGUCAGGUGUCGUAGUUGGAUGAUAUGGAUCCUAGAACUGGAUGACGGUGGAAGCUAUGCUGUGUCUCUGAAGUGAGACUGUAAUAGUUUAUGAUGAAGCCUGAAAUUUAUUUUUUGU